GCCGGUCGCCCCCGAUCGGGUCCGCCCGCCCGCAGCGUCUCGUUGGUGCUGCCGGUGACCUCCGACCCCGCGGCUCCGGGGAGGUGGAGGCCUUAGCUCCGGGCGGGCGGCGGUUGCUACAGCGGGACCCGGGAGCGGGGCCCGGCGCCGCCCGGGCCGCGGGGCGAUGUGAGCCCCAGGUGUGUCCCAGGGAGAUCCAGGUGACUUCUCUGCAGACUGCUUGCCAUGAUGCCCCACCAAGAACGGCGGGAAUAAAGUGGGGGUCGUUCCCCAUGCCCCUCCCAUGGUCAGCUCCCCGAUGGCCUGGGUGAGGGUGGGCCGGCUGCUCUGACACCAUGGGGAGCUGCUGCAGCUGCCUGAACAGAGACAGUGUCCCAGACAACCACCCCACCAAGUUCAAGGUGACGAAUGUGGAUGACGAGGGGGUGGAGCUGGGCUCCGGAGUGAUGGAGCUGACACAGAGCGAGCUGGUGCUGCACUUGCACCGGCGCGAGGCUGUCCGCUGGCCUUACCUCUGCCUGCGGCGCUACGGCUACGACUCCAACCUCUUCUCUUUCGAGAGUGGCCGCCGGUGUCAGACAGGCCAGGGUGCGUACCAGCUCCUGCCCCGUGCUGUGAUGGGGACUUGUGCACCCGGGACAGGGAUAUUUGCAUUCAAGUGCUCCCGGGCCGAGGAGAUCUUCAACCUCCUCCAGGAUCUGAUGCAAUGCAACAGCAUCAAUGUGAUGGAAGAGCCGGUCAUCAUCACCCGCAACAGCCACCCUGCUGAGCUCGACCUCCCUCGGGCCCCCCAGCCUCCCAACGCUCUAGGCUACACCGUCUCCAGCUUCUCCAAUGGCUUCCCUGGCUGCCCGGGGGAGGGCCCACGAUUCUCAGCGCCCCGGCGCCCCUCGACAAGCAGCCUGCGACACCCCUCGCUUGGGGAAGAGUCCACCCAUGCCCUCAUUGCCCCAGACGAGCAAUCCCACACCUACGUCAACACACCGGCCAGCGAGGAUGAGCACCGCAGGAGCCGGCAGUGCCUGCAGCACCUGCCUGAGGGCCGGGCGCCCCUCGCCCCGCAGGCCCGGGGUCCCGACCAACGGGACCCACAGGUAUUCCUGCAGCCGGGCCAGGUGAAGUUCGUGUUGGGCCCCACCCCAGCUCGGUGGCACACAGUGAAGUGCCAAGGCCUCUGCCCCAGCCUGCAUGACGCCCCCCAGCACAACAAUAACAACGAGGGCCCGUCCGAGUGCCCGGCCCAGCCCAAGUGCACCUACGAGAACGUCAGUGGGGGGCUGCGGCCCGGGGCUGGCUGGAGACUGAGCCCGGAGGACCCGGGCUGGAAUGGCCUCACUCACCGCCGGGCCGCCCUGCUGCACUACGAGAACCUGCCCUCGCUGCCGCCCGUGUGGGAGAACCAGGCCCAGCCGCUGGGGGAGGAGGCCGGGGAUGAUGGAGACUCACGGGACGGGCUCACCCCCUCGUCCAAUGGCUUCCCCGAAGGCGAGGAGGACGAGACCCCACUGCAGAAGCCCACCAGCACCCGGGCUGCCCUCCACAGCCACGGCAGCUUCCCUGUGCCGCUGACCCGCCGCCGAGGCUCCCCGAGGGUCUUCAACUUUGAUUUCCGCCGGCCUGGCCCUGAGCCCCCGAGGCAGCUCAACUACAUCCAGGUGGAGCUGAAGGGCUGGGGUGGAGACCGCCCCAAGGGGUCCCAGAACCCCUCAGUCCCCCGAGCCCCUGUGCCCACCACCCACCCUGCCCGCAGCUCAGACUCCUACGCCGUGAUUGACCUCAAAAAGACCGUGGCCAUGUCCAACCUGCAGAGGGCUCUGCCCCGGGAUGACGGCACCGCCAGGAAAACCCGGCACAACAGCACCGACCUGCCUCUGUAGGGACUUCCUUCCGCCUCGCCCUGCCCAGCCUCUGCCUCCGCUCCUGCCGAAACCAACAUGCCCAGGGCUCAGGGUUGCUUCGCAGAAGGGCCUGGAGGUGGGACCAGAUGCUUCCCCGCUCUGGCCAGAGUCCCCAAAGAUAUAUAUAUCAACCACUGAGUCUCCUGGUGUCCGAGCUGGGGACAGAUAAAGAGGCGAGAAGGGAGCCACGAUAUAAACUGUGAAGGGUCCCGUGAUUGCAUUUCGCCCCCUCCCGUCACGCCCAUUUGUCUCGUCUGUUGUCUGUGUGGUUUUUUUGGUUGAAAUUUGGAAACAUUUUGUACCUGUUGAUUUUAUUUAUCAGUUUAUUUUUCUAUUUAUUGUUUUAAAUGUAAUUUAACAUAUUUAUUAUUAAUAUAAUUAUUUUUAAAUUCCA